UGGCAGGAAUUCAUAGAGUAAAUUCCACAACCUCAAAAUUAACGUCAAAUCAAAUAUUUGUUAUUUAAAAACUAAAUUCUAAGUUGCACGACACCAUGACUCAUCAGAACAAGGACAAAAAUGUGAGGAUACUGGCCACUCCAUCGAUUUUGAAUAAGACCAAUCCAGAAAUAUUUUCAACCAAGCCGAGACCUGGAGGUCUGAUAGUGAGCCUCGAUAGAGAUGGUAUAGAACGUGGAGACCACUCUGGAUUGAGCGAUAUCGAUGUAACCUUGGACCUCUACAAGUCUACAUCUAGAGAAUACCGCCUCACAGCAGCUCUUGAAGAGAGUAACUGGUCGUUUGAAGAUUCAGAUGCAGAGGAAGACUCCUUGGCAGCACCUGAUCCUCUGAGUGACUGUUUGGACAUGUUGGCAGUCACCAUAAGCACCGUUAUGUUUUUAGCUGCUGACGCUGCAAAUGAAUUGAGCAGAGAGCAAUUGAACUGGACCAUACAGUACCUGAAAUGCAUCGAAGAUGAGUUCGGUAAUGUCCCACCGAACGCUAGGGGCAUACUGAACCACUUGAAACAUCUGUACAACGAUGAUUUGGACCAGUUUGCUGACAAACCAAUACGCGUUGACGAACAUGGAAGAGUUUUGGAUGAUGUUGAUAUGAACAAAACGGAAAGGACUACUACCAAAGUGACGCAUGAGAAUGAAGAAGAAGCUCCUCCUGCUGAGGAAUGAUUAUGGGUUGUAGCCAUGUUGUAUAUCUUUUGUUUAAUACCACAACUUUUCAUAA